AUACAAAACUGCAUCCAAACCUGCAUACUAACUUACUAAAUAGUGAGUCAAAAGUGAAGGCUGUGUGCUAUGUUUUUUACACACUACGCAGUACGGUAGUAUAUGGUUUGGGACGUAGUCCAACAUUCUCUUCUCAGUUCGAGAUUUUAAGCGAAUAGAGACGAGCUGCAGAGGAAGAACCAAUGCGACAGAAAGUAAGUUCUCUUAGUUUGGUGCAUGAAUAUUUGGCCUCUGAGCAGGAAAACGUGCACAAACGGAUCCUUGGACUUGCAGGAAAUUUUCAUUUAAAUUUUCGUGAUCACCUCAAAUUCUCUGCGAUGGAAUCUAAAAGUUUACAUCAUGGACAUUUUGACAGAAAGCCUGGCAUGUCCCUGGGUGCAGAUGCUAAAAGGACAAACGAGAAGCCCCUGUUUGCUUGGGCUAUGAAUUUCGGCUGAAAACCCAAGUGGAACUGCAGGACUAACUGAAGCUGAACCGACAUGGAUAUGUGCUGGCUGUUGGGUUAAUAACCAAAUGCAUAGUGAAACUAAAAACAUUAGGAGUAGUGAUGGCAGUCUGGGUUAUUUAUGAGGGCAUCACUGCGGAUUCACGACUGAAUCGACUCUUUUUUUUCCCUACUAAGUUUUGCUUGACUUGUUGAACGCUGAUUGCCAAGUUGCGUAAAGAGGUAAGGCGUUGCACAUAGUUCACAUACUGUAGACUUCACUGGGUUUUAACACUGUAAAUGUGUUUUUAGCCAGAUUGUUAUCACUUAAAAGGCCGGAUAUUCUCAGACAUAGAAUAAAAGGCUGGCACAUUUGAAGUACAGUGAGUCAGAAUGCCCACGCAUACGUGCGUACAAAUAUCCAUUUUCCCGGUAUGGAUUUGGAUUGCCGGUUUAACGUUGGUGCGUUUUGACGCAUUGGUCGUUGCGUCCCCAGCCCACAGACACCGUCUGAUCUGCUGGCAGGCUGUUAUGAAAUGCCAAUCAGAACCAGAGUGCCAUUACGCGUACACACAGUACACGCGUGCCUGUGGAUCUGUGAUUAACGGACACAAGAAGAAGUGCCCGAGCCACUGCAUCUCAUCGAUCGUACAGCUCAAUCUGACCGACAACGGACCAGGACUUGAACACUGCGAGUGCGCCACAGACACUGUGUGCUUAAACGCCAAACGCGCCAUAGAGCCAUGCAUGCCGCGGAUCAGCCACACGGGCUGUACAGAAGCGCGUCGCGCAUGCGAAGGUGAUGCGAUCUGCAGUGCUGCUAUGCGCGAAUACAUGUUCCACUGCCGCGAGCUGUUCGGCGGUGAACGCUGUUCGAAUGAAUGUCAGCGAGUUAUCAAGCGCAUGCGCUCCGUGCCUAAGGCUCGCCUAUUGGAUACGUGCGAGUGCGACGGCGCAGAGAGGAUCAUCUGCGAGCACGUAAAAAUCAGCAUGAAUAGCCUGUGUUCUGGCGCGCAUAAGCACUCGGACACGGGUAGCGGGUUUACUGAUGACGAGGAUGAACUUGAGGAUGACUAUGACACGGGGGAUUAUGAGGAAGAGGAUAGCGCGGGUGUAGUGUCUAGUGCACACACAGGUUUGAUAAUAUCCUCCACCAUGUUACUUUUUACGCUUCUUCAUUGAAUGUAAAAUGACUACAAGGACUCCGAGUGGGACCGAAUUACAGUGUUUAUUGCAGGGAUUUCACUCGUUCAUUCCUGUUAUAAUAUCAAGCCUCUGAAUAUCAUCCCAUCCACUACCUGAUACUGACUUCUGCACAGUACACAGUACGCUUUACCGUACAAGCUUCUGCUGCAGACUUGACCAAAAUGUCCCAGGAAUCAUGUGUUCUGUAUUCUGUAUGUUGGGCAGCAUUACACACAUUUACUACAGAAAAAGACAUUGAAUACAAAAUAUAUAUCUGACACAAUACCAGUCCAGCACUUGGGAUUAGUAUCAGCCCAGAUACAAAUACUCAUAGUCAUAACCAUGCAUGAACUUUAAGUUGCACAUUUUAUUUGGAGUGUAAAUUACUUGUGCUUUGGGGCUGCACAGUAUAUUAUUUGUUAUUGCGGUAUUGUCUGCUAUUAACCCAACCAAGGUUAAUACACCAGAAAUAAGUUGUUACGUUUAAGAAAUAUUUAUUUAACAUCCAUUCUUAGUGUAUUUUUUCUGUUUACAUCAGUUGUUUAUUGACCAUGCAAUGUUCAACAAUGCCAUCAUACAGUCUCUACAGUUUUUCAAAUAUUUCACAUGCAGUUUAUUCUGAUAUCAUUUAUAUAUUGAAAAUGUCUAUAAAAACUCAUUGUACAUAUGCAUCCAUAUUGCCAAUAAACAGUUAUAAAACUAGCAUAGAGAUUAUUUGUAAUCCGAUGCUGAAAUCUCUUUCGUUUGGUUCUGUCUGGGGUUUUGAUUAAUUUACAGCUUUCAUAUAAUUUGACAAACGUCAGAUGCAGAUAAAUAAUUAGUAGUUAAAGUGUAGCCCCGGUUCCAGCAUUUUUCAAAACAAAUCACAGACAAGUAAAAUGCUAAUAAUCAUGAAACACAUAAAUUUCAAUGUUAAUACCACUUAGCACCAUGCCUCUUGAAUGUUAAGGGCUGUACAUUACCAGAAAUUCACUUAUUCUGAAAUACUGAAAAACAUUUUCCAUG